AUGAAAAAUUUUAUUGACUUUUACGCCAAUGAAUACGAAAUUACUUACAAUACAAUUGAUUUGAUAGAAAUUCAGGAAAAAAUAAUGUCUUCGCAAAACAAAUGUAAAAAUAAAAACGAUUUCGAUUCAAAUGAUAUUUCAAGUGAUGGUAACUAUAAAAGACAAUUCAUAGAAAUGUCAGCCAUAGGUUCGGGUGGUUUUGGGACUGUAUUUAAAGUAAAGCAUAGAUUGGAUGAUAAGAUGUAUGCCAUUAAAAGAGUACAAUUUGAGGAUUUUAGCGAAGAAAAGAGACUCACAGUUCUGAAUGAAGCGAAAAGUUUGGCAAAACUGGACUCAGAUUUUGUAGUAAAGUAUUAUCACUCAUGGCUUGAGUCCAAUCAUCUCUUCAUUCAAAUGGAGUUCUGUUCACAAAAUCUUAAGACAAUUCUUGAAAACAAAGCCAUUGUUUUCGAGAGACAACCGGAAGACCAGAUGAAUAAUGUGUUCGAGUAUUUCAUUUCAUGUGAAAUAUUCAAAGAACUCUUAGAAUGCGUUCAAUAUUUACAUGAAUCUAAACCUCCAGUCAUUCAUCGGGAUCUCAAACCCGACAAUAUAUUAAUUGAUUCCAACAUUAAUUCCAAUCGUAUCUUAAAAUUGUGUGACUUUGGUUUAGCCAAAGAGUCCAACACUAAUGGACAGACCUUUAGUAAUACAGUUGUGGGCACUUCUAGAUAUAUGGCACCCGAAGUAUUUAGUGGUAAAUAUAACCACAAAUCAGACAUUUAUAGUCUGAAUAUAAUCGGCGGACAAUUCUCGCAAUCAUUUAACGAAAAUGAAUCGUUAAAGUCAUGCAAACUAUGUAUAUAUGAAACACUUCUGGCAAUGAUGUCAACACCCUUUUGGCGACAAAGACCUGAGUGUCGGCAAGUGUUGGCCAAAUAUAACGAGUGGUCAAUCGAUAAGACAUUUAUCAAAGAUCACAAAGAAUUCAAUUCAGAACGCGAUAGAUUUGGUAAAAGUUUAAGAUCGUCUAAAUAUCCCACAAAAAUACGUGCAAAUGAUUGCGAUUUGAGUGAUAAUUCAAGUGACGAUAUUUAUAAAAGACAAUUCAUUGAGAUCUCGACCAUAGGUUCGGGUGGUUUUGGGACAGUAUUUCAAGUAAAGCAUAGAUUGGAUGAUAAGAUGUAUGCCAUUAAAAGAGUACAAUUUGGGGAAAAGAGAUUCCGAAUUCUUAAUGAAGUAAAAAUGUUGUCAAAAAUGGACUCAGAUUUUGUGGUUAAAUAUUAUCACUCAUGGCUUGAUUCCAAUCAUCUCUUCAUUCAAAUGGAGUUUUGCUCACAAAAUCUUAAGACAAUUCUUGAAAACAAAGCGAUUGUAUUCGAGAGACAACCGGAAGACCAGAUGAAUAGUGUAUUUGAAUAUUUCAUUUCAUGUGAAAUAUUCAGAGAACUGUUAGAAUGCGUUCAAUAUCUUCAUGAAUUGGUUCCGCCAGUCAUUCAUCGGGAUCUCAAACCCGACAAUAUAUUAAUUGAUCCCAACUUCAGAUCCAAU